AUGGACCGCCUCCAGAACGUCCAGCAAGUCUUGUCUGAUAAGGCCUCCUCGCUCUCUUCCCAGUACUCGGACCUCAGAGGCGCCUUGGAGAACUCCAAGGGCGACAUGUUGCUGAAGAUUGCGCAGUACGUAAAACAGCCCGUGGAGGCGAUUCCCAAGGACGCGGCCGCUUUGUGGCUGGAGAUGAUGCUCAAGUUCCCAGAGAGCGUGAGCUCGCUCAAGUUCAAGAACCCAGCCUCCUCCGCCAAGAAGCUCGCCCGUAAGUUUGACUUCCACGUUACCGACGCCAAGUUGCCCAACCACCAGUUGCGUAUCAAGUCCACCCCUGAGGACUUGGGCAUUGACUCGGUCAAGCAGUACUCUGGUUACUUGGAUGUCGCCGACGAGGACAAGCACUUUUUCUUCUGGGCCUUUGAGUCCAGAAACGACCCCAAGAACGACCCUGUCAUUUUGUGGUUGAACGGUGGCCCCGGCUGCUCCUCCUUGACUGGUUUGUUCUUUGAGUUGGGUCCUGCUCGUAUUGGCGAGGACUUGAAGCCCGUGAACAACCCUUCUUCGUGGAACAACAACGCCACCGUGAUUUUCUUGGACCAGCCCGCCAACGUCGGCUACUCGUACUCUUCCGAGUCCGUCUCCAACACCGUGGCUGCCGGCCAGGACGUGUACGCCUUCUUGGAGUUGUUCUUCCAGCAGUUCCCUGAGUACGCCAAGAGAGACUUCCACAUUGCCGGUGAGUCUUACGGCGGCCACUACAUCCCCGUUUUCGCCUCUGAGAUCUUGAGCCACGACGACCGUCACUUCAACUUGACCUCUGUCUUGAUUGGUAACGGUUUGACCGACCCAUUGACCCAGUACGAGUACUACCAGCCAAUGGCCUGCGGUAAGGGCGGCGAAGAGGCUGUCUUGGAUCCCGAGGAGUGUGACAACAUGGCCUCGUCGAUUCCUCAGUGCUUGUCUUUGAUUGAGUCGUGCUACAACUCUGGCUCUGUGUGGUCUUGUGUUCCAGCCACCAUCUACUGUAACAACGCCCAGAUGGGUCCAUACCAGAAGACCGGCAAGAACGUGUACGACAUCAGAACCGAGUGCAAGGGCGGCAGCUUGUGCUACGAGGAGUUGGGCUACAUUGACGACUACUUGAACUUGCCCGAGGUGAAGGAGAAGUUGGGUGUCGAGGUCGAGGAGUACCAGGGAUGCAACUUUGACAUCAACAGAAACUUUUUGUUUGCCGGCGACUGGAUGAAGCCAUACCACAAGAACGUGAUUGACCUCUUGGAGAGCAAGUUGCCUGUGCUUGUGUAUGCCGGAGACAAGGACUUUAUCUGCAACUGGUUGGGUAACCGCGCAUGGACGGACCGUUUGCCAUGGUCCGGACAGAAGCAGUUUGAGUCGCAGAAGAUCCGUACCUGGACCGUCGGCAAGGAGGCCGCCGGAGAGGUGAAGAACUACAAGCACUUUACCUUUUUGAGAGUGUACGGCGGCGGCCACAUGGUGCCAUUUGACCAGCCUGAGAAUGCGUUGGACAUGGUGAACCGGUGGAUCGCCGGCGACUACACGUACAACUAG